AUGUCAGGAAUCACCGCAUCAUUAACUAUCGGACCAGCAGUGGUGGGAUGCAUGAUCGCCAGCUGCUUGUUCGGCAGCUCGAUAAUUCAAACAUAUACGUACUACAAGUCUUUCCCAGCCGACAGGAGGAUGUUUCAAGUCCUGGUGCGUAAGUUCUUGAUGCUGACAUUUGCACAUAUCGUCUGCAUCAUGUAUUGGACGUGGAUCUUGACCGUCACAGGUUUCGAAAAUAUAAGUGGUGAAACUAUUUUCGAUGGCCCUCGGAACGCCAAUCUUAUCCUGACACCUCUAAUUAGUACCCUUGUUCAGAUGUUCUUCAUCUACAGACUGUUUAAAUUCUCGGGAAGCAAGAUAAUCGCCGCAUCUUGCAUCGUUCUAAGCAUGAUGAAUCUUGUCGGCACACUGACGGAUGCAUCCAAGGCCAUAAACCAUUCCGCGAACAGAGCUGCGGAAAACGCAGAAGAGUGGUUGACCAUCCUAACUCUCGUCGCAGCCGCUGUUUGCGAUCUGAUAAUCACGAUUGGGUUGGUGUAUUUCAUUCAGCGUGAACGCAGGCAGACCAAAGUUCGCCAAACACACAAUAUUGUUGACCGUCUCACUCUCUGGGCAGUUAAGACUGGUCUCGCAACUAGGUGGGAAACUUUACUUGUGAAGGUUUGA